AUGCCAAUGAAGUCGAUGGAUAAACACGAAGCAAUGUUCAGAGAGGAGUUGGCUGUGAGACCACCGCCAAAUGAAUCACUUGAGCAAAGACCCGAAAUCGCACCGAUCACUGGCCCCACUCCUCUUCCCGAGCCGGCAAUCAAAUUCGACAAUAUCAACGAUGAAGAUUAUGGAGAAAAUGAAGCUGAAAACAAAACCCGACGCUGUGGACAAGACGUGAUCGAGCAACUUGUCAACAAAUUCCUCAACACUGGAUCCACUACAGACCAAAAGGGUAGUGCACCGAAAUUCGUGAACAAAGAGGCGCAAAAAUUGCUCGGCUCAAGUCCAUAUUGGAGCGAUAAAGGAGUCAAAGAGAUUGGAUCGAUCAAAGAUUCGGACGAAGCCGAGAGGAAUGGCUGGAUGGAUAUUAUAAAGAGGCACAAAAAGUCCUGUCAUCAGCUGGAUGGCGAUAUUUCACGUCGAUCUCGUCAGAACUCAAGGAAAUCACUGACUGAGGCUCAGGACGUGAUGUCUCGUUUCGUCCACUCCACCUCGAUGCAAGCCAAGCAAUUCGAUGCGGCGGCUAUGCCCGAAGAGUUGAAGAAACAACUCCAUUACGUUUCUUUCGAGGGAAUGAGCGCGUUGAAAGAAAAAGAUCAUCAAGCUUUCACUUCAGCGCAAGAUCAUAUCAAUCAACAAAUCUCUGAGACGUUGACCUGUGAGAAAGGGAUGAAAGCGCCAUGCACAUUGAAAAAAAUCGAUAUCUCAGCGAUUUUCAACUCGGAAAACGAUGCUGAUCACUUGAAAUAUUUGUGGGGAGCUUUUGUGAGAAAUGUGGCUCGUUUAAAGCCUCAUUACAAGAAGAUUCUUGAUCUAUCGAACACCGCGGCCCAAUUGAACGGUUUCUCUGAUGGAGGGGCAAUGUGGAGAAGCGCCUUCGAUCUUUCCACGAAAAACUCACCCCCGAAAUUCGAUCUGAAACAACAAAUGCAGCAAAUCUACGAGAAAAUCUUGCCUCUAUAUAAACAGCUUCACGCUUACAUUCGACGGCAAAUCUCGGAAUCUACAAGAAUCCGAUCGUACAGAAGGAGGCGAUUGGUCUUUCCAUUACGAAUCAACGAAACCGAA